GAUAAGCAGAGCAGGGAUCGUGUCUGGUGUGUGUGCAAGUUGUUGUGUGUCUACAAUGACCACGUGUUGGCCGGCGUUAGUCUGAAACCACUGCAAGAUAGUUGGAUUGGGUUUGUUGGGGUUCUUUUCUGAAAGUUUAUCCAACUGAAAAUGGAGUCCGUUCCCGACCAGUUCAUGGAAUUCCACCCGAUCCACGGUAUCAACGUCAGACUGGACGACUCAGGAACACAGGCCACCCGUGUGGAGAGCUUUGCAAAUGGAGUGUGUUUCAGCAAACAGCCUCUGAAGCCCGGGGAGAUUUUUCUAAUAGAGAUCGAGGAUAAGGAGCUGGGCUGGUGCGGCCACCUCCGGGUCGGCCUGACUGCCAGGGACCCCGGCAACUUAGAUGUGGUACCUGAAUACUCCAUUCCAGACCUGACAGACUCAGGGGACAGUUGGGUAUUUGCCAUCACUCGCAACCACAACAAGGUCAUAGAGGACCCUGCAGCAGGGGGUCAAGAGGCCGGAGACGAAGGACCGGCUGGGGGUCGGAGGCUCGGACGAGGGGAGGCUGAGGAUGGAGCUGGAGAUGCAGGAGGAUAUAUCAACAUCAAACCAGAAACCUUUUUCACUGACUCUCACUUGUACAUUGAGAAUUUUCGGAUCCCCAAAGACAAGCUGGUCGGGCGGAGCAGGCCCGGACGCUACAGCCACAUUUUGGACGACUUGUAUAAGACCAACUCCCUGCCUCCCACAGCCAGACGCAGCCGGAUAGGAGUACUGUAUGUGCCCAGAGGGCGAGACCUGGCUGAUAUGCACAUUGUCAUCAAUGGUGAGGACAUGGGGGCUUCUGCAAAGGGGAUCCCCUCCAUCCAGCCUCUCCAUGCUGUGGUGGACGUCUUCGCUGCUACUAAGUGUGUCCGGAUUGUCCAGGUGGAGUAUGGAUUCUCGUCCUUGCAGACGUUGUGCAGGAUGGCCAUCCAGAAGCACAUUGUCCACAGGAUGGCCAUCGACUGGCUGGAGCUGCCCGAGGCGAUGAAGCACUACUGCAAGUAUGAAUAAAGGAUUCAGACCUGCAAUGGACAGAAAUAUAAUUUCUGAGCUCUCUAUCCAAGACAAUUAUAUUUAUUUGUAUGAUGGAAGUCUGGGAUUUAUCUAUAAAAAUAAAGUUAAAAGUGUUAUGUUGAUACCUGCCAGACACUGCUGACGCUGACAUGACUGAGAUGACACGUGCUAACUAAAAAUAA